AUGGGCCUUCUCAAUCGUAGAUCAAAUGAACACGCCAGGACUGGCACCACUGGCACACAUCAUCCCGCCCGCGACGGUAUCAUCGCCGGUGGCGUGGCUCAUCACGAAGCCAACAACCAUCCUACCCGAGACGCCGCUCUUGCUGGUGGCGCGGUAGGAGACGGUCAGCACCUGCGUAACAAGCACCAAACUGCCGCCACCGGUACCGAAAAUCCUUACGAGCACGGCAAUGCGAACGUUGGAGCUGGAUACGGAGGUAUUCACAAGAAUCGAGAGAUCAACGGUACUACGCCCAUGGGUUCUGGAACCACUGGGACCGCUCGAGCUACUGGAGCUGCAGCAACGACUGGCGUUGGACCUUCAGGAGCCCACACCGGCCCUGCUCCUCUGGGUCCGAACGCACCCACCAACCCGGCGUCCACCACGAGAGCACCCGCAGAAGGGACCGCCGGUGGUCAGUCAGCGACGGCACCCACCCUUCGACAAGCUGCCAAGCUCAAACGCAAGGGCAAGCUCGAGUCCACUCUGUCGCACCUCACUUGCUCUUCCAACAUGCGUCACAAGGCCAACACUCAUCUCGCCCAAGCGGAUCACUUGAGGAUGCAGGCGAGCGAGCUUGGAGAAGCUGAGAGACUCGAGACGGAAGCGGGAAUGAGGCGUCAGAGGGCUGUCGGUCUCGGUGCUGAUACGGAACAUGCGACGGGAACCACUGGCUUUGGACAUCACGGCGCCGGUGCCGGUAUGGGAGCCAACAGGACGACGGCUGUGGCCUAG